CUGCUGCCUCAGGCCCCACCCCUAGGGAUAGUGGACGGUUACAACUGCCAGUAGCACUCCCCUGUCUGCCCUGUGUGGACUUCUUCAGAUACAACCCAUCUGCUUCUUCAGUUCACCAAUCCUAUGGCCCACUUGCCCUCCCCCACAAGACCUCUAGAACACCCUCCUCCUGUAUGAUUGCUCAAUCUUCUCUCUGAAGAGUGACAUCUUGACAGCAUGUUUAUCUUUAUCAAACAUGGAGAUAAUCAGCAAUUUCUGGCCAAUACCAACUGCUCUGUCCUCCUGUUGCUACAUUACACACGCAGUAAAUUGGGGUUGGCUAAAAAAGUCACCAUCGAUUUGUGUGAUGAAGCGGGGACAAUGAAGAUGCUUUUCCUGAUCAAGACCCCUUCGGAGUAUGCCACCAAAUACCUUACGGCUCGAAACACCUACUACGUUUGUAAGAUCGAACGUGGGCCACCAGGAACCAGAUUGGAAAAUGCCUACAAAGCCUUUGUGCCCCUCCUGAAGAAUCCCGAACCUGAGCUAACAGAUGCCUUGCGCACACAGUGUGACUUCCUGGAGCGAAGCCGAAUAAAGUUGCUUAGAAGCCAAGAAGCCAAGAAGCUUGCUCAAAUUGAAUCCUCUAUGAACCUUCCAUCCAAGUCAUCAAGAUCUGAUGAAGAUGGACCCGUUCGCAGGGGACCACCUUAUAGGACCAGAGUGGAAUUUUACAGGAGGGAUAGACAUCGUUAACUAAAUAAAAUGACCAAGUGAGAGCAGUGAUACUAGGUAUGAAAUGA